AUGAGGCGGAGUUUGGACGAUUACAAAUUUCUGCCACUAAGUGAUGCAGUUUCCGCCAUUCAUCAGAAGGUCAAUCUCAUCGGAAUCGUCUCCGAGUUUAGCAUUCCUAAACAAUCCAGGGGAACCGAUUGUUUCUGCGUAGUUAAAAUUGUGGACGACUCCAAAUCAAGCCCUGGAAUUCCUGUCAAUAUUUUUGCUGAAACUAUUGAGAAGCUUCCUCAUGUUCAGUCUGCAGGCGACAUCAUUCUGCUCACCCGCCUCCUCAUUAAAACUCAUGGCUCUGAGGUAUAUGGUGUCUACCACAAGAAAUUCUCUUCAUUUGCUCUAUUUGAAGGAAAGCAUGGGUCAAGCUUGAAGCCAUACCAGUUUUCUUCUACUUACCGUGCUCGAGAGGAAGACGAAAUAAUCUUAAUGGAACUACAAAAGUGGUUGCUUGCACACCCAAGUGAAACUGGUUCUCGUGGAUCACAAUCGCUGAAGGAGAUCAGUAAAGGGGAGUACUUCAAUUUAGCUUGCAAGAUUCUUCAUCUGUCUGAAGUCGAAAAGGACAAACCCUUGCUCUUUGUUUGGGAUGGAACUGACACUCCACCAUUGGCUAUUGAAACAAAACUAGAGGAUGAAAGAGAAAAUCCUCUCCCUUUACAAUUGGAACCAGUGCCUUUGCCACGAGACAUUUUAUGUAGCUUUCCAGCUGUUGGGACUGUCUUAAGGGUGGCUAUCAGUGGAGCAAAUGAUAAGCUUGGACUUAACGUCAUCAAAACUGGUAGAUGGUUUAAACUUGUCAACUUAAAAUGCGAAUAUCGUGCUGGCCUCUGGUGCGCUUGUAUAAUGCCCUUCACAAGAAUUUGCUAUUUGUCUGAUGAUGAUGAACUUGUCUUACAGCGCCUAAGGGACUAUAAUGAACGAGUUUCAUCCAAGUGGGGAAGGAUGCCUUUGUCAGGUUUCCCUUGGCCUUCGAGUCUUACAGAAACUGAUCAUCCAAACGUACCAUUUGUAACUUUGAUGGAUGUGCUCACUUAUCCAGAGGUUACUGCUAAAUUUAGAUGUGUAGUUCGAGUAGUAUCAAUGUUUCCGUGGAGGGCCGAGGAGUUCCGUUGUCCACGUGGGACUUAUCGGAUCACAUUGAUGCUUGAGGAUCCAACUGCUCGAUUGCAUGCUUUUCUGUAUGCAGAUGACGCGACAACAUUUUUUGGUGGUUAUCACCCCGCUCAUGUAAUGACAAGGAUGCGAAACAUUUUGCUGGGCAUUGCAGAAAGUGAUGAUGGAAGGGAGCCUGUUUCUAGGAAUCCACCAUGGGUCCUGUGUUGCCUGAAAUCCUAUUACAUCGAUAAAGCCGAUGAAUGGGGAAGUAGGAAUUAUCGCGUGUUUUCAACGAAGUUCAAAGGGCUUUCUAGCUAG